AUGGGAAAGAUAAUGGUUCCUUUCUUGUUCACUUCUUUGGCCAUAGUCACUGUAUUCAGUUUCUUCCCUAUCAGGCCAAACCCUUUCAAGGUCAUUCCCAAACAAGGUCUUAUUAGUUCUGUCCAAAACCUUCACGCAGCUCAAGAUAACCUUUCCAAAACUUAUUUUGGUAAAAAGGAGGUGGAGAAAUGUGACUUGUUUACAGGUCACUGGGUUCCAGAAUUGAGAGGCUCUCUCUAUACCAAUUUAAGCUGUAAAACUAUACCUGAAUCGAGGAAUUGUUUCAAAAAUGGAAGGCAAGAUGUGGGUUUUCUUAAUUGGAGAUGGAAACCUGAAAAGUGUGAGCUACCAAGGUUUGAUGCCAAGGCCUUUUUGGAGAUGGUUCGAGGCAAGAAAAUGGCGUUUGUUGGAGACUCACUGGCUAGGAACCACGUAGAGUCCCUGCUUUGUUUUUUGUCACAGGAGGAAAUUCCUAUGGAAAUUUACAAGGACUCAGAAGAUCGGUUCCAGAAAUGGUACUUCACUAGUCAUGACUUCACCCUUAUGAUUAUGUGGACCAAGUUUUUCGUAGCAGCAGAUGAGAUAAUGGUCAAUGGAACGAGUUCCGGCACUUAUGAUCUUCAACUAGACAAGGUGGAGAAUACUUGGGCUGAUUUUCUUCCAGAAUUAGACUAUGCCAUAAUCUCCAGUGGACAUUGGUUCUUCCGAGUCAUGUAUCUUCACCAAGCCAAUAACUUGAUUGGUUGCGUCUACUGCAACAAACCCAACAUGACGCAACACAAGAGCAGCUUCGCAAUUCGAAUGGCGUUUCGAACAGCAUUUGACUACAUCAACUCCUGCAAGAACUGCACUGGUCUUGUAACUCUGACGAGAACAUAUUCACCAUCUCACUUCGAGAAUGGGUUUUGGAACACCGGAGGUAACUGUAAUAGGACAAGUCCAUUGAGUGAAGGCGAGAUCGACUUGGGGGGCUUCGAAUGGGAAAUAAGGAAGUUCCAGAUGGAAGAGAUAGAAAGAGCAAGAGAAAUUGGAGAGAAGCAAGGAAAGAAGUUUGGAGUUGUGGAUGUGACAAGGGCUAUGCUGAUGAGAGCAGAUGGGCAUCCUGGGUCUCACUGGGACAACAAAUGGAUAAAGGGUUGCAAUGAUUGUACGCACUGGUGCAUGCCUGGGCCUGUGGAUCAUUGGAACGAUUUUUUGAUGGCAGCUCUCAGAAAGGAGUCGGGUGAUUUAGUUUUAUGAUGCAAGAACAAGAGUGGGGUAAGUAAAAUGAGUUGAAAUGAUUUUCUUGAACCUCGUUGUUUAUAUUUGUUGCACAAUUUUUACAAGACACUUGUUAGAAUCUGCGUGACUUGCA